AAAAAGGGUUAAAGCAGACAUCGUCAAAAUUGAUUUUCGUCGGAUCAAAAUCUUUACCUCAAAACUGGAUUAUAAUAAAUCCGUUGAUAUUGGAACGCAGCAGGAAAACAAUUCUGGGGUAACCAACAAAAUGGUCAAACGCACCGACGGCACAGAAUCUCCCAUACUGGCUGAAGACGGUGGCGAUGGUCACGAUAAACCCCGUUUACGAUAUGGAGAAUUAGUUAUACUUGGCUACAAUGGCUACUUGCCACAGGGUGAUCGCGGUCGUCGACGCUCCAAAUUUGUGCUGCACAAGCGAACGGAGGCGAGUGGCGUCAAGCGAUCCAAGCAUUAUAUCGUACAAUCACCACAGACAUCCAAGGCCAUAUUGGAUGCCAAUCAGCAUUCGAUAUCGUACACACUCUCUCGCAAUCAGGCCGUCAUUGUCGAGUACAAGGAGGACACGGAAACAGAUAUGUUUCAGGUGGGACGCUCCUCAGAGUCGCCCAUUGAUUUUGUGGUAAUGGACACGCUGCCCGGUGAUAAGAAGGACGCUAAGGUAAUGCAGAGCACGAUUUCGCGUUUCGCCUGCCGCAUUUUGGUCAACAGAUGUGAACCCGCCAAGGCGAAAAUCUUUGCCGCCGGCUUCGAUUCAAGCAGAAAUAUAUUUUUGGGCGAAAAGGCCACCAAGUGGCAGGAUAAUGUGGAAAUCGAUGGCUUGACCACAAAUGGAGUUUUAAUAAUGCAUCCCAAGGGAUCCUUCUGUGGUGGCAAUGCCAAGUGUGGACUCUGGCGGGAAUGCUCCGUCGGCGGCGAUGUCUUCAGUCUGCGUGAAUCGCGCUCGGCACAACAAAAGGGUCAACCCAUCUACGAUGAAUGCAACAUCUUGCAGGACGGCACACUCAUUGAUCUCUGUGGCGCAACAUUGCUGUGGCGUUCCGCUGAGGGCUUGCAACAUUCACCGACCAAACACGAUUUGGAGAAACUUAUUGAUGCCAUUAACGCUGGUCGUCCACAAUGCCCGGUGGGCCUAAACACAUUGGUAAUACCACGGAAAGUGACUAUGAACGAUCAGGUGAAUCAGCCUUAUGUGUACUUAAAUUGCGGCCAUGUGCAGGGACAUCAUGACUGGGGUCAGGAUGAGAAUACUGGAGCACGGCGUUGUCCCAUGUGCCUAGAACUGGGUCCCGUUGUCACCCUGUGCAUGGGCCUGGAACCGGCCUUCUAUGUGGACGUGGGUGCACCCACGUUCGCAUUCAAUCCAUGUGGUCACAUGGCGACUGAGAAAACUGUCAAGUACUGGGCAAAUGUGGAAAUACCGCACGGAACCAAUGGCUUUCAGGCCGUUUGUCCAUUCUGUGCGACGCCUUUGGAUGGCGCGACUGGCUACAUUAAAUUAAUAUUUCAAGAUAAUUUAGAUUAAACCACAAACAAAACAAAAAAAAAAUAACAAAAAAGAGAAAACUAUGUAUAUGUAUUGAUAUGUGCAUGUGCAUGUUUAUGUACAAGUGCGCAUCUAUCUAGUAGAUAUGUAUUUGUAGUAAUUAAACAAAAACAAACAAAACAAAAAAUGUCAAAGUUUGAAGCAGGCAUUAAAACUAGGCUUUAUUUAUUAUAAUUAAUUAAUUGAAUUAGUAUACACAUGUAUGUACUACAAAUGAAAUAUACAAGAGAAACAAUUAUAAUUUAAUAAUUCAAUUAAAUAUGCGUAUGUAUUUUGUAAAAGUUAAUUGCUGUAAUUGUAAUUGCCUUUGCCGCAUUACAAAUGUCUAAUCAUUAUCUAAACGCAAUCAUUUACAAUAUUAAAUUACUUGCAAUCAACAGAUUUGAAAACUUGCAUGUUUAUUAUACACAUACAUAAAUAAUUUGAUGUUAUUUUUUUGUUUCCUAUAUUUUUGUCUGUUGUAUAAAAAUCAUUUCCAACGAGCAACAAAAACGAAGCAAACAUGAAAACUGCAUAAUAAUUAUAUUUCGAUCGAUCCGAUGAGCAUAGAAAAAGCGCAGCUAUAUAAUUAAUUAAAUUCAAUUAAUUGCAGUUAUUUAAGCUGCCAGCUGCCUUAACUGUGUAUAUGUAAUUCUGUAAAAAUAUAAGAUUGAAUGAUACCUAAUUUUAAUAUUAAUCAAAUCGCAUCUGCAACAAUAUCAAUACUGUUUUAAUUUAAAUGAAAAACAAACCAACACUAACGUAUUUCUCACCAAAUCUAGAGCUUACAUAUUAACAAAAAAAAAAACAAAACGAUCAUAUUUAAAUUAACAAAAAUUGAAAAGAAAAUUCUUAUAAAAUAAAUAUGUACAGUUUAAAACUUUGGUAAAUUUUUAUGAAUUAACGAAUGUUUUUAAAAGCAUUUAAACAAAAUUACAAACAAUAUGUGGAUAUAUCCACUGCUAAUUGUUUCAGCCUUUAGGACAUACAUACAUAUAUACAGAUGUAUGUAUGUAUGCAUUCAAUUUCUGCCUGUACGCAUUAUGCAUUAUUAUUAUUAUGUUAGUUACUAUUAUUACAUUACAUCAUAACAUUAUUUGUAUUAUUAUUAUUUUGUAUGAAAACACACACUAUGUGUUCAUAAAACGUUGCGACGCGAUAUGUUAACAAUUACGAACAUUGCAAACAAACAAAACAAAAGUAAAUAAACAUAAAUUGUAAAAUAAAAAUCUUUAGCGAUACACAUACGAAUAUACAUACACGCGAGUAUAUUUUGAUUAAAAGCGCGCAUUGCAUAAAAACCGCCAUUAAUUCUA